AUGUUACAAAGAAAAUGUCCUUGGAGACUGUAUGGUAAUACUAGAGCUAAAGACCAGUCUUGGGUUAUAAGGACUUAUAAGAAAGAACAUUCAUAUUUUAGGUCACUUAGAAAUAAACAAGCAAAUUCAGAGUUUUUAGCUUUGAAAUUUUUAGGCCAUAUAAGGAAAGACCCUAAUUAUGGGGUGAACAAGAUGAUAAGGGAUAUGAGUGAGAAGUAUGCUAUCAUUGUGAAUAGGUACACAUGUUAUCGAGUGAGAAAGAUGGCAAUGGACAAGCUUAAUGGGUCACUAGAUUCACAUUAUGCUAUACUUAGAUCAUACAUAACAGAGUUGAACAGGGUUGACAAGGAAGGUACUUUUGUGCUUCAAUGUGAGGAGGGUAAUAAGAAGGGCCCAAAUGGAUUGGAGAUUGCUGUUAGAAAUCUUGUGCCAUAUGCUGAGCACAGGAAUUAUGCAAAGAACAUUCACUCGAAUUGGAAGAAGAAAUAUAGAGGAGAAGGAUAUAAAUCAGCCUUUUGCAUGGCAGAGACUUUCAAUGGCUAUAUUAGAGAAGCAAGAACUAUGCCUGUCAUUCUAAUGUUGGAAGACAUCAGAACAAGACUCAUGGAAAGAAAUUACUUUAACAGGUUGAGGGUUGAUAAAUGGAGUGAUGGAGUAGGGCACAAAAUAAGGAAAAUAAUUGAGAAGGCUAAACUUGGUAUCUCAUCUUGUGUUCCUACACCAUCUAAUGAAUACAACUUCCAAGUCAAAGUACUUGAAGAUUCUUUUGUGGUUAAUUUGGAUAAGAAGGAAUGA